GCGCCCCCGCAUGUAGGCGGGCCCUGCGCCGGGCUCGGCUCCCUCGGCAGGAGGUUCCGCCGCCGACGCCACCUCUACCCGCACGGGCCCGGCCCUCAUAGACGUCCGCCGUGGCCCUGGCCAGCCUAGGCUUGCCGCUGCGGCCGGGAGACAUCGCUUCCGCCCCCUCCCCGCGGCCCUCGUGCCUCCAUCCCCGCCCCUGGCUGGAGACCGACGUUCCCGACGCGGCCUGGGAGCCGCCUCCAUCCCGCGAGGAGACCGCCGCCCCCUGCCAGGCGCCGCUUCGCCAGCCACGCGCGAGCCCGCGAUCAGGAGAGACGAGCGGCGGCGCUGAGACGCUGCUGACACUUCCCGCCCCAUCAGGAGAGAGAGGGACCCACCCCGCGCCAGCACCGCUUCGCAGCCGCCAGCCUCGGGGGACGCAGCCGUCGCCGCUGCCACGACAAAGACAUGAAGAUCAAGGAUGCCAAGAAACCAUCUUUCCCAUGGUUUGGUAUGGACAUUGGGGGAACCCUGGUGAAACUUGCAUACUUUGAACCAAUUGAUAUCACUGCAGAAGAAGAGCAGGAGGAAGUUGAAAGCUUGAAGAGUAUCCGCAAAUAUUUGACUUCCAAUGUAGCCUAUGGAUCCACUGGCAUUCGAGAUGUCCACCUUGAACUGAAAGACUUGACACUUUUCGGCCGAAAGGGAAACUUGCACUUUAUUCGAUUCCCAACUCAUGACUUGCCUACUUUUAUUCAAAUGGGAAGAAAUAAAAACUUUUCAACGCUACACACAGUGCUUUGUGCCACAGGAGGUGGUGCUUAUAAGUUUGAAGAAGACUUUCGCACAAUUGGAAACCUGCAGCUGCACAAACUGGAUGAGCUUGACUGCCUUGUCAAAGGAUUGUUGUAUAUAGAUUCAGUCAGUUUUAAUGGCCAGGCAGAGUGCUAUUACUUUGAAAAUGCCUCGGAACCUGAGAGAUGCCAAAAGAUGCCUUUUAACCUGGAUGACCCAUACCCACUGCUGGUUGUAAAUAUUGGUUCAGGAGUCAGUAUUUUAGCAGUCCAUUCCAAAGACAACUACAAGAGAGUAACUGGAACAAGUCUAGGUGGAGGGACCUUUUUAGGUUUAUGCAGUUUAUUAACUGGCUGUGAAAGUUUUGAAGAAGCUCUUGAAAUGGCAUCCAAAGGGGAUAGUACACAUGCUGACAAGCUGGUCCGUGAUAUUUAUGGAGGAGACUAUGAACGAUUUGGCUUGCCAGGAUGGGCAGUAGCAUCUAGUUUUGGGAAUAUGAUCUACAAAGAGAAGAGAGAAUCUGUUAGUAAAGAAGACCUGGCUAGAGCCACACUGGUUACCAUCACCAAUAACAUUGGGUCUAUAGCACGGAUGUGUGCUGUUAAUGAGAAAAUAAACAGAGUUGUCUUUGUUGGCAAUUUUUUACGUGUGAAUACUUUGUCAAUGAAGCUUCUUGCAUACGCACUGGAUUACUGGUCAAAAGGCCAGCUAAAAGCUCUGUUCCUAGAACAUGAGGGGUAUUUUGGAGCUGUUGGUGCUCUUCUUGGGUUGCCGAAUUUCAGCUGAAGUCCCAGAUGUCUUUACGCUGAGCUGCUUUCCACUUGGAUGACAUUACUGCAUUGUUUAAAUCAAUGGGAACCAAAGGAAAAAAGCAGUGGUUUUACUGUAAAUGUUUUUAAAUUUAAAAGUGGUAAGCUGCUGGAUAUUGCCAUUUUAAUGAAGUGGAAUCUUGCCAUGUUUGGGCAUUUAUAAGUAAAAUAUUAGAGGGGUUUGUUUGAUGUACUCCAGUACACAUAACCAGUAUUGAACUUUUAAUAUGCAAUACAUCCUCUGAAAAACAAGCUUCCAAAAGAGAGAAUUCCAGCUCCUUAUGUGUCUGGCACAAAAUAUUUUGGGCUUUAAUGCUAAACAAAUCUGUUUUGUAUGUAAUCUGAUGUAGAUGGUUUAUUAAUCUAUUUGUUUUAGUCCUUGUUAGCCUUGUUCUAACAGCAGAAUUUCCGUUGUACGUUUCAAAACAUUGACUUAAAAAAAGGGGUGUCAUCAACAAAAGGAAAAAGAAAAGUUGUAUGUAGUUUAAAAAUGUCUUCUUAUAACGACAGUAAAGUGUUACGGCAUUAAACACACUUCAGUAAUCAUGGUAUUUGAUAUAAAACAGGGAGGAAAUACAAAAAAAUCUCCUUGCCUUGUAAGCAAAAAGCAGAGAAGGGCAGUAGCAGCUACUACUGCAACUGUACUUUUAUCUGUGUUUCUGAGGAUAUGUGGUUGCUCAAAUCAGCAGCACGUGGGGAAUCUUGGCAAGACCACCUCUGUGAACUAGGUUUGAGUCGAAGAACAGGAAGGCUUUAGAAAGGACCUGUCUAGAUCAAGCAAACUCUUGAUUUCCACCACUUUCAAUAUCAAAUCCACCAUAAAACCUGGCAGAGUUUAUAGAAUCUUCCCAAAAGAGACUAAGGACUAAAAUAGCAGUAGUGUUUGUAAAUCUGUUUGUAAAUCUGAAGUGUCGAUCAUCUUUAUGAGUAAUCAAGCAUAGCUUCAAUUCCUUUUUUACUGGUUUGAAGGAUGGUUAGUUCUUCAUUUUUUAGAUGUAUUCUCAAAUUUGAGCUUAUUAAAAAAAUAACAAUAUUUUUAUACAUGUAUUUGGAAUUGGAGGUUUGUUUACAAUGGCUUCAGAGUUUGUAUUGCAAUGUCAAAAGGACCAGUAUUCAGUACACUUGGCAAUAAUUGGAACUGCGUAUUGAACUGUGGCCUUGGGAUAAAUUCCAUAUUUUGUAACUAGUCAUUUUUUGCCUGAAUAUUUCGUUCUCACAGUGGUUUAAAAAUUUACAGUAGUGUAUUUACUGUGAUGUCUAGUGCUGCAGUGAGAUGAGCUACUAGAUUAGAAAGACCAUUUCGGAGAUCGUCAGCUAGGUGCUAGCAUAUUUAGUGUCUCUAAUAAGAAAUGUCCAGCUUUUACAGUACAUUGAGAGAGGUUUUUUCUUUUGAAUAUAAAGGAAACAUCAGAAUAAAAUGUACUGAUAAAUUAGAUUUUCAUGUUUGUAAAUGAGUGUUAGUCUAAAAA